AUGGAGGACGGCUACCAGAACCGGACGGCCUUCAUCAAAGGCGCCAAAGACAUCGCCAAGGAGGUCAAGCGCCAGGCCUCCAAGAAGGUGGCCCGCAGCGUGGACCGCGUCAACGACGAGUACAGCCGCCGCUCCUACAGCCGCUUCGAGGAGGACGACGAUGACGAUUACACGGCGCAGGGCGGCGGCGGCGGCGGCUACUACCGCGGCGACAGCCAGGCGGCCGACGACGACGACGAGGGCGGACGCAGCGACUCCACCGAGGGCCACGAUGAGGAUGACGAGAUUUACGAGGGCGAGUACCAGGGCAUCCCCCGGGCCGAGUCAGAUAAGGGCAACCUGGCCGGCGGGCCCGGCUCGGUCCCGCAGCCGUUCCGGGAUGUGGCGGCGUCCGAGGCGGAGAGGCGUAAAGACCAGGAGGAGCUGGCGCAGCAGUACGAGAGCAUCCUGCAGGAGUGCGGCCACGGAAAGUUCCAGUGGACGCUCUACUUCGUACUGGGCUUGGCGCUCAUGGCCGACGGCGUGGAGAUCUUCGUGGUGGGCUUCGUCCUGCCCAGCGCCGAGAGGGACAUGUGUCUGUCCGAGCCCAACAAGAGCAUGCUGGGUCUGAUUGUGUAUUUCGGGAUGAUGGUGGGAGCGUUCUUGUGGGGCGCCAUGGCCGACCGGAUCGGUCGCCGCCAGUCGCUUCUCAUCUCGCUGUCCAUCAACAGCAUCUUCUCCUUCUUCUCGUCCUUCGUGCAGGGAUACAGCACCUUCCUCUUCUGCAGGCUGCUCUCGGGCGUCGGGAUCGGCGGCUCCAUCCCCAUCGUCUUCUCCUACUACUCGGAGUUUCUGUCUCAGGAGAAGCGAGGUGAGCACCUCAGCUGGCUUUGCAUGUUCUGGAUGAUCGGCGGCAUCUACGCCUCUGCCAUGGCGUGGGCCAUCAUCCCCCAUUACGGAUGGAGCUUCCAGAUGGGUUCGGCCUACCAGUUCCACAGCUGGCGCGUCUUUGUUCUGGUCUGCGCCUUCCCCUCGGUCGCCGCCAUCGCCGCCCUCAAUGCCAUGCCCGAGAGUCCACGCUUCUACUUGGAGAACGGCAAACACGACGAAGGCUGGAUGAUCCUCAAGCAAGUCCAUGACACUAACAUGCGAGCCAAGGGACACCCAGAGAAAGUCUUUACCGUGACCACCAUCAAGACAGUGAAGCAGGUGGACGAGUUGGCGGAAGGUGGCACCGACACACCUGUCUGGCAGCGCUAUCGCCUCAAAAUUAUGAGUCUCUCCCGUCAGAUCCGGAAUAACAUUCUUGCCUGCUUCAGCCCGGAAUACAAGCGGACCACUUUCAUGCUCAUGGCUGUUUGGUUCAGCAUGUCCUUCAGCUACUACGGCCUGACCGUGUGGUUCCCGGACAUGAUCAAGUACAUCCAGAAGCAGGAGUACGAGUCGCGCACUAAGACCUUCAGCAAGGAGCGUGUGGAGCAUGUCACCUUUAACUUUACGCUGGAAAAUCAGGUGCACCGCCAGGGUUACUACUUCAACGACAAGUUCCUCAAUCUGAAGAUGAAGUCGAUGGUGUUUGAGGACUCGGUGUUCGAGGAGUGCUACUUCGAAGACAUCACAUCCACACACACCGUUUUCCGUAACUGCACCUUCAUCGCCAGCUUGUUUUACAACACGGAUUUGUUCAAGUACCGGUUUGUGGACUCCAAGCUGGUGAACAGCACCUUCCUGCACAACAAGGAGGGCUGCAUGCUGGACUUCAGCGACGACUUCAACAACGCCUACAUGAUCUACUUCGUCAACUUCCUGGGAACUCUGGCCGUGUUGCCCGGCAACAUCGUGUCGGCUCUGCUCAUGGACAAAAUUGGCCGUUUGAGGAUGUUGGCGGGUUCCAGUGUCAUUUCGUGCAUCAGCUGCUUCUUCCUGAUGUUCGGCAACAGCGAGUCGGGCAUGAUCGCCCUCCUUUGUCUCUUCGGCGGCAUAAGCAUCGCCUCCUGGAAUGCCCUUGACGUCAUCACCGUUGAGCUCUACCCGUCUGAUAAAAGGACCACGGCCUUUGGCUUCCUGAACGCCUUGUGCAAGCUGGCAGCCGUACUGGGCAUCAGCAUCUUCCAGUCCUUCGUGGGCAUCACCAAGGCCGUGCCCAUCUUGUUUGCCGCCGCUGCGCUGGCUGCAGGGAGCUUCCUUGCCACAAAGUUACCCGAAACCCGGGGCCAGGUGCUGCAGUAGUAACCGCUGGCAUCAGCAAGGUGGCGGGGGGUCGGAGUCUAAGCGCCGCCUCUUACAAACUCUGCAUCCACAUUAUUUUUUUUUUGGAAGCCCCAGAAUGCUCCUCGAUGUAGAUGACAUCAUCUUCUUUGGAGGGGGAUUAGUAUCGACCUCAGGGGAUUCCCAUUUGUUUUCUGAUGCAGGCGUGUGUGUUGCAUGUGAGUGUGGGAAAACUUGCGUCAUUUCACAAUUUCUUUUUUUCUUCACUUGGAAUACAGCCGACUGGUUCUCAAAAGCAGAAUGUACUGAGAGUAGGCAGAGUUUACAUCCUUGUAAAAAACACAUCAGAGCACUAGCUCAGGUGAGUGUUUUCAUUUAGUAUUUUAAAACGUCCGAUUCGCCCAAAAUGGGUGCAUCGAUCCAAAAUGGCUGGUUUCAUGUUCGAUUUCGGGUCCUUUUCGUGUCCCACUUGUGUACCAAACACAAAACUGGUUUCAGGAGCUAAUCUAUUUGCUUUUCACACUACAACCCAGCUAAGCUAACUUCGCAGCGCUCCUGUAAAACGAAAUUACAUUAAAUUAUCCCCCAUUGCCAGUUUUACUGAUCGACACCGAAUUUGGAAGAUGGCGCUAUCGUAACAGGAUGCACAGACACAAGUCUCAAAGACCCGUCCCUGAAAUCCAACAGUAAGAUGGCCAUUUGGGUGGGAAGCGGCCAUUUUGAGGCCAAUUCGUCCGCCUGUAUUCCCAGCUGAAUGUCCUCAGGACGCUUCGAUUAUUUCUCAUUGAAAUUCAUGUUAGUCAAAAACACAAAACAGGACCAAAAGAAACAUUGCUGCAUGAGAGUGACUGAUUACAUAAAGGCACAAAGCGUGACAAAACAUUUCAUUUGAGUUAAAAAAAAAAAAAGGAACAUUAGUUCCCCGAUAUUUAACAUCCAGCUUGUGUGCUGACAAUCAACUACUGAGGAUUUCAUUUUGUGUGCAUCCAUGUGGGCUAUACACUCCUCUCCUUUUUUUCCACAGAGCCUAAACAUCAGUUAGCUUAGCGUUAACACUGGAGGAAAACAACUAGCUUGCCUAUUAGCUUGAAGUUACAAUACACAAAAUAGCGUCUUGUUAUGUUUACAUUUUUACAACAUUUCGAAAAAGUCGUCACCAUUCAUUCCACAACUUUGACUGUUAGCCACCCAAGCAGGCUGCUUCUUGUAUUUUUUAUGCUAAACUAGGCUAACGACUCAAAGGAGAGUACCACUGCCCCCUC